AUGUCGAAUGGCUAUAAAAACCAGCCGAUUUCUGGUAAGUUUUAUUCCGGAGCUAGAAUUUUCAGCACUAAAAAUAAGAGUUGCGAAAAACUCAUUACAUAAAGAAAAAACUUAUUUUUAUUGGUUUUCUUUCUGGAAAAAGUCAUCAAGAAUUUUCUAGACAUCAGACAUCAUGUUUUCUUUUUUAGCGGAAUAGAAUCAAGAUUUCCGGGAACUUUGAUUUUUUAUUUUUGACAAAUAAAAUUAUUUUCAGUGUUUUCUAAACUUUCCAAAACACAAAACUUUUCAGAAUGAAACCCUGCAAUUAAAGUCUUGAUUGGAAAUUUUCAGAAACCGGAAACAAUUUCGAGUUUUGUUCUCUUUGAAAACAUAGAAUAUUGAGAAAUAAUGGAACACCAAAAAAACUACUGUAGUGCAGGUGAACUUGAAAAAAAUAAAAUAAUAUUUCAGAGAAAUAUUUUGAAAGUUCAUGUAAAUACGAAAGAUUUUUGAACGUUAUUUGUUCAUAAAAAUUUGUUUUUUUUUUCCCGGAGAACUAUUCUGACAAAAGUUGAAACGUCAGAUUUCAAAGAUAACUAAAACUUAUAGAUCGCUAAACUAAAUUCAGAAGUGAGAUUCGUAUGUUAAAUUUUCAAAAGUUAAAUUCAAAUCUUGUAUUAUAAGAAAUUUGAGCUAACAAUAUUCAAAAAAGUUCAGAAGACAAUUUUGAGUGGUCGAAUAUACACUUCAGAAAAGUCCACAAAUUUAGAAAAUCAUAACAGAGUCGAGAAUAGAAAAUUAUAAAUUUGUUCCAAUUUUUUAAAUAAAAUAAAAUUCGUUAAUUCUAAUAUAAUCCCACAAAUCACUAUGUUCAAAAAGAGGUUCUCCCAAAUUGAUUUUUUCAAUGAACCUAAAAAAACACGAAAAGGGUCUUUCAUAUGGAAUCAAACCUCAUCAACUCUCAAAAAACCGAUGUUUUUAGGAUUUACCGGGUAUAUUCCUGGUGCAAAGUGGCAGGUUGGCAGUCGUUAUGUGCCGCAACAGCAGCACCCUUCACAAAAUCAAAAAUCACAACAAAAACCAACAGAAGAAUGUAUGUUUUUUCUCUCAAAAACAACAAAAAAUCGUAUUUUUUAUUGUUUUCAGAUGACCAAUCUCUGAGAAUUCCGAGCUCCACAAAUCAAUCAAUGUCACAAGUGAGGUUUUUUUGAGAUAGCUGAAAACAACAUGUUGAAAAAAAGAUAUAAAAAAGAAACACAAUGAAAAAAGUUUCAGAUGAGAAAUGAGAAAACACUCUUUGCUGAAAUGUCGAAUGAUGAACUCCGCGAAAAAUUAGCACAAAUGCAAUUAGAUAUGCAGAAUUUGCAAAUGGCUAUAAGUAGAGGUAAAAAAUCAAUCUAGACAAAUAAUAACUAAAAAAAAUUUUCAGAUCGGAACAAUUAUGAAUCUAUGGAAUUCAAUAAUGAGACAAGGGUGAACUUUAUUUUGAAAAACACACCUUUUUUAACAGAACUCUCUGGAAUUCGAUUUGUUAUGUUCUUUUUUGUCUGAAAAUAAUCCGAUUACUUUUUUUUGAAAAUAUUUUUGAAAAAAAAACAGAAAUUUUUUUUGGAUUUCUGAAAUAUUCGACACUAAUUUCGAAAUGUUUUUCUCAUUUUUCCGCUAACGGAAAUGUCAGAAAAAUGAUUCAUUGCAUGUUGUUGUUCUGCAAAUAUAAAAUUUGGAAAAACAUCGGAGAAUUUUCAGAACAGAGUUUGAAGAACAAAAAAUUUAAAUGUUACAGUGGAAAAAACAAAUAUAUCCGGAUCCACAUUUUCAGAAUUUCAGAAGUCAUGUGACCUUAUCAAAAAAAAAAUCAAAACAAUUUUUGAUCAAAAAUGAUAAAAAUUCAACUUUUUUUGAGAAAAAUCUUAAAGCCGCAUGAAUCUCAUUAUAUAUUUUAUUACAAAUACGCAACAAGCCUAGAAAUUUGAAAUUCAAGAAAAAAUUCAAUCCGGAUUUUCUUGAUAAUAAAAACCAUAAUGUCAUAUCAUAGUUUUUUAAACAAAAUAACUUUCUGUUGUUCUCAUAUUUUUUGAAAAUAAUUGUGAAUGUGUGAAUAUGAGAAUUGUGAAUUUCAGAUUAGCGCCACUUAAAAUCCAUGGAAACAUUCUCACACACAGUUUGUCCAAAUUGCUAGACCUCAAUUUUUUUUCGAAACUUGCCAAAACAAAAACGUAGGAAAUGUUUCGGUUUUAAUUCUUACCCUGUGAAUAAAUGAGUUCUAAAAGAGUUAGAAAAACAUUCCGAAGCAGUAUUCUAAACAUUAAAAAAAUCAAACUUCACAUAUUAAAGAAAUCUUAAAAUUCCAGAACCAUCCAUCAAACCAACAACAAAAUUCUCACGAAAACAAGCAACGAAGCAAAAGUGUACCUCGAAGUAAGUUGAUCAAAAAUGUAUAUAAUAUUUUAUUUCGAACGAAAAAGGGUAUCUAGGUAACACUAAUCUCAUUCAUUUAUCCAUUCAUUCGUUCAUUAUUUAUUAAUAUUUACCUCACCUCACCCCCAUACAUAUAAAUAUCCUUAUUAAUUUUCCAGAAAAUAAUUAAUUAAGAUUAAAUAAAAUAUUAAUUAUAGAAAUUGAGACGAAUCCAUUCGAUGGAAUAGAAAGUGGUUGGUGGAGUAAAGGAGAGGUCAAAAGAAAUCAGGUAAAUUUUUUUUUCAGAAAAAAAACCAAGAAAAAAAAGAAAAUCAAGAAAUGCAUGAAAAACGAGAACCUUUUUGAUUUAGGAACGACGUCAGAUUGCAAAUGGCGGACAAAUUGUGUCGGGUGGUAAUUGGAGUCAAAGACCACCCAGUCAGCAAAGGCAAUCGAGAAAGUUCAGAGCGUUAGAUGUGCGUUCGGUUUUUGUUUGCUUUUUGAAUUUAGAUUGCUAAAUUAUAUAUCAAGUUUCGUUUCGGUUUUUCUAAUUUUUAUCGAAAAAGAAAAGGAGAGGGGUGUAAUUUUAGAAAAGAAUAGUGGGGUUUGAAAAUUCAGGUCACGCAAAAACUAUAAUUUUUUUCGAUAUUUUUUGAGAGGGUCUAAAAUUUCAUUAAAAGUAGGUGUGAAUUUCUGAAAGCAAGACAAAACUGAAACAUUUUAAUUUCAAUGAGAAUGAAAAUAACAUAUUUUGAAAUAAAUUUUCUAAAGAAAAUGAACCUGUUAUUAUCAAAAUUUCCAACAAAUCACAAAAACUUCAAAAUUACCACACUAUAUAUUUCAAAAAUAUUUCAAAAUUUCAUAACACAAUCUUUGAAAAUCUCUUCGAAAAACUAUUUCCCAACAAAAAAUUGUAUCAAAAAAUUAUUAAAUAAUCCUUCUCCUACAUAAUCUAAAAUACUACAUUAAUCUAUACAAUUUUCUUUUUUUUGUUAUUUACACAGAAAAGUGAGAAAACAAUAGUAUACUCAUGCAAAAAAUUCUUUCUUAUCGAAAAAAAAGUUGUUUCUCGAUAAAAAUUUCAAUUUUUUUUAGCAAGACAGUGGAGUUGAAGAUAUUCCGGCAGCUGGUUAUAGUGGACAUAUUCAAGGCUUAAAACAUAUCGGCGUUGGGAAACCUUUCAAUUUGGCAGCAAAACAAGCAAAAAAAGAAUAUAUUGAAAGACGACGAACAUAUAGUGGUAGUAGAGGUUGGGCUCAACAAAAAUCUAUAAAAAUGAAAAUAAAUCUCUUUUUUUUCAAUUUCAGACAUUGUCAAUGGAAAGCUUCGUGGUGUUCAAUAUAGCGAUGAGGAAGUGCUCACAAAUACGGUUAAAUUGCCUGAUAAUCAUUUUAACUAA